GUAUUCAAAAUGGCGGCCGCGGCUAUGGAGACGUGGUGGGCCUUGCUGCUUUUGUCCUCUUUGCCUGUUGUCCGGCCUUUUUAUGUUCCCGGAGUCGCUCCCCGUGACUUCCAUGAGGGUGACACAGUAGAUCUUAAGGCAGUGAAGUUGACCAGUUCCCGCACGCAGCUUCCUUAUGAAUACUACUCCCUGCCUUUCUGCAAGCCGGACGCUGUUGUCUACAAGGGAGAGAACCUGGGUGAGGUAUUACGCGGGGAUCGUAUUGUGAAUACCCUCUACAAUGUGGAGAUGAACAAGGAUAAGAAAUGUGAGAUGGUAUGCAACAAGAAAAAGCUCAGCAUAGAAGAAAGCAAGCUGGUUGCUGAGCGAAUCCAGGAGGAGUAUUACGUUCACCUUAUUGCAGAUAACCUGCCAGUUGCCACCAGGUUAGAGUACCCCAACAGAGAGGCAGGAGGGGAGGAGGAGCAGAAGAAGGACAUAGUGAAAGAUAUCCAGUUUGAACAUGGCUACAGACUGGGCUUUGUUGACAACAACAAGUUUUAUCUGCACAACCACCUGUCCUUCAUCCUGUACUUCCACAGAGAGAAGCUUGAGCAAGGGGAUGAACACAACUACAGGGUGGUGCGAUUUGAGGUCGUUCCCCAAAGUGUAAAAGUAGAUGAUCUGAAGGCAGUGGAAAAAGAGAAGACGUGCACCUUGCCCGAGGCCAGUGGCUCUGCUCCUCAGGAGAUUGACCCUGCCAAAGAGAACGAGGUCCUCUUCACCUACUCUGUCCACUGGGAGGAGAGCGAGGUGAAGUGGGCGUCUCGAUGGGACACAUACCUGACCAUGAGCGAUGUCCAAAUUCACUGGUUCUCCAUCGUCAACUCUGUGGUGGUUGUCUUCUUCCUUUCUGGUAUUCUGAGUAUGAUCAUUAUCAGGACCUUGAGGAAGGACAUCGCUAACUACAACCGAGAGGAUGACAUAGAAGACACCAUGGAGGAGUCAGGAUGGAAGAAUGUACACGGAGAUGUCUUCAGGCCGCCUCAGUAUCCCAUGAUCCUCAGCUCUCUGCUGGGCUCAGGGAUCCAGCUCUUUUGCAUGAUCCUCAUUGUCAUCUUUGUUGCCAUGUUGGGCAUGCUGUCUCCCUCCAGCAGAGGAGCGCUAAUGACCACUGCGUGCUUCCUCUUCAUGUUCAUGGGUGUAUUUGGUGGCUACUUUGCUGGCAGACUGUACCGUACACUGAAGGGCCAUCGGUGGAGGAAAGGAGCAUUUUGUACAGCAACUUUGUAUCCUGCUGUGGUUUUUGGAAUCUGCUUCAUCCUCAACUGUUUCAUCUGGGGAGAGCACUCCUCUGGGGCAGUUCCCUUCACCACGAUGCUGGCUCUGCUAUGUAUGUGGUUCGGUAUCUCCAUGCCCCUGGUCUACCUGGGCUACUACUUCGGCUUCCGCAAACAGCCGUAUGAUAACCCAGUACGCACCAACCAGAUCCCUCGGCAGGUCCCAGAGCAGCGUUGGUACAUGAACAAGUUUGUAGGAAUCCUGAUGGCUGGGAUCCUGCCAUUUGGCGCCAUGUUCAUUGAGCUCUUCUUCAUUUUCAGCGCCAUCUGGGAGAAUCAGUUCUAUUACCUCUUUGGCUUCCUGUUUCUGGUCUUCAUCAUCCUGGUGGUGUCCUGCUCUCAGAUCAGCAUUGUCAUGGUUUAUUUCCAGCUCUGUGCAGAGGACUACAGGUGGUGGUGGAGAACUUUCCUGGUUUCAGGAGGCUCGGCGUUCUACGUCCUCAUUUACGCCAUCUUCUACUUUGUCAACAAGCUGGACAUUGUGGAGUUCAUCCCCUCCCUCCUGUACUUCGGUUAUACGACCCUGAUGGUCCUGUCCUUCUGGCUGCUAACGGGCACAAUCGGCUUCUACGCAGCUUACAUGUUCAUCAGGAAAAUCUAUGCUGCAGUCAAGAUCGACUGAGUCGUCACUGUCGCUGCUGUUCUCGUUGUUUUUGGUUUGUCUUUUUUUUUUUCUCGUCGCGUUCUGUUUUUUUUUAAUGUAUAUAUUUUUUUAUUCUUCAUGUCCAACAAGCACUGACUUGUGUGUGGAGGGAAGGAGAGGGGUGCUUUUUACGGCGAAACAGCCCCACCCACUGGCCUCAUGGGGGAAGAACAGCGAAACCAGCUGUCUCUCUCCCCUCUCUCUCUCUCUCUCUCUCUCUCUCUCUCUCUCUCCCUCCCUCUCUCUCUCUCUCCCUCUCCCUCUCACUCUCACUCCUACCCCCUCUCUACUCUUUCCAGGACAGAGACUUAGAGGGAUUGUCCUCUGAUGGGACAGUUAAUGUCUCCUGCUGUUUUCACCUUGCACACAACACAGUGGGCCAAAGCUUGUUUAACGAUGGUUUCUGCACAUUUUUGUUUUUUUUUUUCAUUUGUGUUUUGAGUCUAACUUAUCCAGGUUUUUAUUUUUGUCAUCACAGGAUUUAUCUUUGACCUUUUUUUUCUUCAAAUCAUCUUCUUAUCUAAUUUCUUUACAUAAAUUUUUCCAUAGUUGCUGUUUUCAAAUGUCACUUUGGUUUUAUUGGAGAGACUUUGGAGA